UCAUUAUUUCCUCACUGAUCAAUCUCACGGCCUGUAUCGAUCAUCUGCGCCACUGGCCUAUAGAUAAUGAUUCAUUUUUCAUCAUUCUGAUUGGCAAUGCAAAUCCAAAUUCUCAACGGCGGCGCUGGCCGGAGCUGAGAGGGCGAGAGAGAGAGAGAGAGAGAUAGAGGGGGGAGAGAUGAGAGGACGCGCAUCAUCAGAUGUUUAGCAGAUUCCCUUUCGAGCUUCGCCAUCAUUUCUGCGGUGCGGUUUUUGGUCUUCCCUCCCCUCCGUCGGCCGGGUUCGUCACAUUUUGCGCCUCUCGAUGCUGUAAUCCGGGGGAAUAUGUGAAGAUCAUGCUGGCGGUGUGGUGCUUCACGGUCUUUGCUGCAGUGGGCGAGAGGCUUGCAGUCUCAGGUGCGGACAGGAGCCCGGUGCAGGAUGGAGGCAUGUGGGACUGGUUUACCCCGGCAGGGCAGCCGGACAGCGGGGACGCUGCCACUAAGGUCACCUAUCCGAAGCGGCUGGUGCAGCAGAUCAAGUCGGAGGAGGAAAUGGCUCAUGACCACCUGGAUACCAGGGUGAAGAACAGCACCGGGGACACCUCGCCCGUCCACUUGGCCCAGAGCUGUUUUCAAGUGGAAGCCUUUGGACAGACCUUCACUCUGGACCUGGAGCUAAACCAUCACCUCCUAUCUUCAGAGUAUGUGGAACGGCACUUUAACCAGGAUGGCAGACCCUCACAGUCUGUGGGAGGGGAGCACUGCUACUACCAGGGAAGGUUAAGAGGUAUACCAGAGUCCUGGGCAGCUCUCUCCACCUGCCGCGGCCUGUGCGGCAUGUUCUCCGACGGCUUCUUCUCUUACGGGAUUGAGCCCGUUCACAACGCGAGCAAUCAGGAUGGUGGUGCUCACUUGAUCCGCAGGAUGCCUGACAUCAGACUGUCCCCUGAAUGUCCAGACUGUACAGAGGACAGCAGGUGGGAAAGCAGAGGAGGUGAAGGUGAUGACGACAGACCGGACCAAAUGCGGGAGCAGCAGGCGUCUGCGGGGCUGAGGAGAUCCAAGAGGUUCGUUCGCAAGCCCUCUGUCCAGACUGAGACCAAAUAUAUUGAGUUGAUGGUGGUCAACGACAACGAAAUGUUUGUACAGCUGCGUCGCUCUAGCAGCCAAACCAAGAACUUUGCCAAAGCAGUGGUCAACAUGGCAGAUGCGAUCUACAAAGAACAGCUGAACACGAGGAUCGUGCUGGUUGCCAUGGAGACCUGGACCUCUAAAAAUAUGAUGCCAGUCAUGGAAGAUCCAUUGAUAACGCUGCAGAACUUCAUGAAAUACAGGAAGGACAACAUCAAAGAGCAGAGCGACGUCGUCCAUCUUUUCUCAGGGCGAACAUUUCACAGUAGCCGCAGUGGGACGGCCUACACAGGAGGAGUGUGCUCUCUAACGAGGGGAGGAGGGAUCAACGAGUAUGGGAACGUCGGUGCGAUGGCCAUCACGUUGUGCCAGAGUCUCGGCCAGAACAUCGGCAUGAGGUGGAACAACGCACGCAACUCUGCAGGAGACUGCAGGUGCCCAGAUGCCUGGCUGGGCUGCAUCAUGGAAGAUACGGGAUACUAUCUGCCCAGAAAGUUUUCUCGCUGCAGUGUCGAUGAGUACAUCCAGUUCUUGCUCCAGGGUGGCGGGAGCUGCCUCUUCAACAAGCCCAACAAGCUGUUGGACCCUCCAGAGUGUGGGAAUGGCUUUGUGGAGCCGGGGGAAGAGUGUGAUUGUGGAUCCCAGGUGGAGUGUGCUCGUAGUGGAGGAGCCUGCUGCAAAAAAUGCACCCUUACCCAUGAUGCCAUGUGCAGUAAUGGACUGUGCUGCAGUAGCUGCAAGUACGAGCGGAGGGGCGUGGUAUGUCGAGACGCUGUGAACGACUGCGAUAUCCCAGAGACCUGCACCGGAGACUCCAGCCAGUGCCCUCAUAACGUCCACAAGCUGGAUGGCUACAUGUGUGACAACAGUCAGGGCCGCUGUUAUGGUGGACGAUGCAGGACUCGUGAUGGACAGUGCAGGGGACUCUGGGGUUAUAAUUCAGCGGACAGGUUUUGUUAUGAGAAGCUGAAUGCUGAGGGGACAGAGAAAGGCAACUGUGGUCCAGGUCCUGAAGGCCAGGGCUGGCUGCAGUGCAACAAGCCGGAUGUUUUAUGCGGCUUCCUCUUCUGUGCCAACGUGACGAUGAAGCCAAAGUUCGGAGACCUGCAGGGCGAGGUGACCAGCUUCACCCUCUACCACCAGAACAAGUACCUGGACUGCAGAGGCGGCCAUGCUCUGCUGGAGGACGGCUCAGACCUGGGCUACGUGGAGGACGGCACUCCCUGUGGUCCCAACAUGAUGUGUUUGGAGCGACGCUGCCUCCCAGUGGCCGCGUUCAACCUCAGCUCCUGUUCCGGAUCCAACUUUGGACGAAUCUGUUCCGACCACGGGACCUGCAGUAAUGAGGUGAAGUGUAUCUGUGACAGGGACUACACAGGGAAGGACUGCAGUGUCUUUGAUCCCAUCCCCGAGCCGACGGUCCCGACGGGCCCGGAGAAGAAAGGUCCCAGUGGCACCAAUAUCAUAAUAGGGUCCAUCGCAGGUGCUAUUCUCCUGGCAGCUAUAGUCCUAGGGGGAACAGGAUGGGGAUUUAAGAACAUUCGGAGAGGAAGAUCUGGUGGAGGAUAAGAUGCCUGUCUGUCUUUCUGUCUCUGUGUCCUGUCUACUCCCGUCUUCCUCCUCGCACUGUGUCGUUUCCACAUCGGAGAAGAGGGGAACAAAAAAAGAAAAAAAGUCUUCCACUCCUGUCCCAAAAGCUCUCCAGACCUCUUCCGAUUCUCGUUCCCUGCGUACUCCCGUCUGCCCCGUUCGUCUGUCCUCCUGCCUGGCUCCGUCCUCCUCUGGGCCUGUGGAGCUCCUCUCACCAUACCAGCCAA